AUGAUCUCACAAUCAAUUCGACUUUGGAUUCUCCCUCUUCACUGGCACCCAAAUAGAAGAGUUUCGAGCCGUUUCCUGGCGAGGCCUACUAGUUCGUCACACUUCCAUCUGAGGCAUCCUUCACACUUGUCCCAUGUGACCAGCAAGAUCUCCCGCAAUAUAAGCAUUUUGCCAACUAUGGAGCGCCCGUCCAAAAAAGCACGCGUCUCAUCGGAUUCCACAGGAGACCUCGAGACAGAGGGCCGUCCGAGACGAACCGAGACGCCCUUGAACUCGUUGAACAGGUCCAUCUCCCCACCUCUGCGGACGCGUUCGCAGCCAACCCAGCCCGCAACAGAUGUCGCAUGUCCAGAAUUAGCCAACGAUGUGUUAAAGACUGCAGACUCGAAGCAGAUACUCGAUAUUACACGCCCCUCUGGCCCUGCGCGUUGUAUCCCAUCUCCAGUCCAACUCACCCACAUCGCGGAUUACCCUGCGUUAAAGGGAUACAAUGUCGACGCGGUGAGACUACGUGAUAUCCUCGGGGAUCCCAUGAUACGCGAAUGCUGGCAAUUCAAUUACAUGUUCGAUGUGGAUUUCUUGAUGAAUCAAUUCGAUGAAGAUGUUCGAAGAUUGGUAACAGUCAAAGUGGUACAUGGAUCGUGGAAAAAAGAGUCGCCGAAUCGAAUCAUGAUCGAUGAAGGAUGUGCUCGACAUCCCAAUGUUGAGUCUAUCAUAUCUUAUAUGCCUGAUCCAUUCGGAACUCAUCAUUCGAAGAUGAUGAUUCUCCUUCGCCAUGAUGAUUUAGCCCAGGUCGUCAUACAUACCGCCAAUAUGAUUCCUGGUGACUGGGCGAACAUGACUCAAGCAGUAUGGCGAUCGCCAUUACUUCCUUUGCAAAAGCAGGGAGAUUCAUCCUCGGCCCACAUACAGACCAGCGUUGGUACCGGCGCUCGCUUCAAGAGGGAUAUUCUCGCGUACCUAACAGCAUAUGGAUCUAAGAAGACCGGUAAAUUGGUACAGCAGCUACAGCGCUAUGAUUUCAAAGCAGUUCGGGCGGCCCUUGUUACAAGUGUACCAUCCAGGCAAAAGCCUAGCGACUUGGAUUCGGAACAAUCCACACUUUGGGGCUGGCCAGCUCUGAAAGAUGUUUUGGAGCAAGUACCCAUCCACAAACAGGAAAAGUCAACCGACAAUGGCGGGAGUGAGAAGCCUCAUAUUGUCACACAGGUUUCCUCGGUGGCCACCCUUGGCCAGACAGAUAAAUGGUUGAAAGAAGUGUUUUUCAAAGCACUUGCACCGACCUCAGCGAGCCCCAUCCCAAAAUAUUCAAUUAUCUUCCCAACGCCGGACGAAAUCCGCCGCUCCCUCAACGGCUAUUAUUCCGGUGGCUCGAUCCACAUGAAAACGCAAAGCGCGCCGCAAGCCAAGCAGCUGCAGUAUAUGCGCCCUUAUCUUUGUCAUUGGGCCAGUGAUUCGUCCGACUCAGACCUAGACCAGCCUCCCAAACAAGACGCCGGGCGCGGUCGUGCUGCACCACACAUCAAGACCUAUAUCCGAUUCUCAAAUGCGGAAACGAUGAACAGCAUUGACUGGGCAAUGGUGACAUCCGCAAACCUGUCCACACAGGCAUGGGGCGCGGCGACAAAUGCCAACGGCGAAGUGAGGAUCCAAAGUUUCGAGAUCGGCGUUGUUGUUUGGCCUGAGCUCUUUGCUGAUGAUUUUGUCAUUGGGGGCUCAUCAUCAUCCACAUCACCUGGAAUAUCUGCUAGGAUGGUACCGUGUUUCCAGCGUGACCUUCCAACUUCGCCUACAGGGGAUCUCGGACAACGCAAUCUGCAGACAGUCGUCGGAUUUCGUAUGCCCUACGACCUCCCGCUAACGCCAUAUACCGCCUCCGAUGAGCCAUGGUGCGCGACUGCGUCUCACAACACCCCCGACUGGAGAGGGAUGAUCUGGUAG